UUCAUUCCACUCACAAGAAGCAAAUUUCAAGAUGGCGCAGAUCAACAUCGCUAACCGAGUGUUCGGCCGGUAUGUUCGGCCAUUACAACGGCUCACUUUUAAUUACUGUAACCAGGGAGGAAGCAGUAGAGGAAUAAGGGAGUACAUUGACAAGAACAUCGUGCAGUUUGCGAAAGACAAUCCUGGAAUUUCUAUUUACGUCAUGGAGCGGAGUGGAAAACAUCCGACAAUUACUGGACACUUUAUUGGAGGCAAUAGCAAGGAAGUUGAAGUAAAAAAUAUGACACCAGAAAAGAUAAAAGAAUGCGUUACAAGCCUUAGAAAUGAAUCAGGAGAGAAAGUGGAGAAGAUACGGAAGCACUGGCACACUGAGAAUCCAUCCAUACAAGGGACCUGGAAUCCUUUCUUGCAUAAACCACCUUCUCUGCGAAGACAUGUUACAGGGAAAACGAAGUAAAACUCUGUCUUCAGUGGAUGUGCUACAAAGAUUAGGUCACACAUGUUGGGGAAACUUCAUUUGUUGCUUGCAUUUCAUGCUUGGACUGUUUGACUCUGAGAAAGAGCAAAGGUGAUGAGGUAAAUGUGGCUCACUGCAAUUUUGAUACACAACUGUCUGAUUUGCAGUUCCAACAUGUGUUUGUGAGCUUGCUAGGAAGCUUCUGUUAUCAUACAGUAAAACCCUAAUAGGGAGAAAGGGGUUAAGUUUAUAAAAUGAUUGUGGUGGUGCAUUCUUGCAGGCUAUUACAAGAUAAUUUGAUUUUAUUAGUAGUAAUGGUAAAAUGAAUUGGCCACCUUAGAGAGUUUCUAUAGCUAUAGUUUCAUUUGCCCUUCAUAGUCUGUUUUAUCCUAAAAUUCUCAUUAAAAGUUCUCACCAUACAUUUCUUAUAAAGAUGUAAAAGACUGAUUUUGAAUUUAGCAAUAAUGUGUUUAAAAAGAUCUUUUUUUCAAAAAAGAGAGGCUAGGGUCCAACUCUGCACUAAAAGAUACAAUGAACUUUUAUUAAUUUAUUAAUUAACCACUACAUUUGGCAGAAAUGUAGAUCUCCAAACUUCUUAAAUUCCAAAACAAACAAUUGACAAAUUUCAGGUGAAAGAAAGCUCAAAAAACUAAAACAACAAGUGGAUGCAAAAGUGAUCACCUCAAUUUUCCAAUAUCAAGAGUUAAGUCUGUGGAUGUGAUUGGCCCAUACUGUGAAAUCAUGCGUGCAGUGCAUGGAACAAAAGAUGUACCUAGGCAGGGAGGAGAAGGAGAACAAUUGUAGUUUGGGAGGGGGGGGGGGUAGAGAGAGAAGGAGAACAGUUAUGGAUGGGAAGGGAAGCAGAAGGAGAACAAUUGUCAUUUUUGGGAGAGGUGGAGGACAACAGUUGUAAUUUGAGGGGAGGGGAACAAUGGUAGUUUGGAAUGUUAAAAUAUAUAACAUUUUCAAUAAUGUUGUGGAAUUGUUUUCUUUUUCUCAUUUACUGUCUGUUAACAUUGUUCUUGUAAGAAUAAAUUACUCAUUGUUUGCUUCAGGCAGUGAAAGGGUUUCAACAAGACACACCUCAAAGAGAAACAAUCCAUCCAUUUAGUUCAAGUUUAAUGAAAUUGCUGUCAAAAACUCUGAUUUUCUAGAGAUACAUAUAACUAUGAAGUAGUAAAUAGGAAAUUAUACCAUCAAUCAUAUGCCUUACUUAAAGCUUGUAAACAAAGUGACAAUAACAUUUUGAAUAAAAACAAAUUAGUAUGUACAAA